UGUUCAAUCGCCUUGAAUGUUUGGCUCUCGUCUGCCGUGGGAUCGAACUGGAAGCUAAUGAAGUGAAGUUGAUUCUUGCUUCCGGAAACGAAGCUUGAAAAUCCCCCGCUGGGAGCCCCGCUGGGAGCCCUCUAUUCCCCUUGACUAACCAUGCAAUCCUCCCGAAAAUCUCCGGUGAUAAAGAAUGACUGGUCAACGGGGUCAUGGCUUGGCAAUAUCAGCUGUCAUGUAAUGGGCUCAUGCAGCUGUGUAUGUCUUCGUUGGGUUUUCGUACUGUGUUGGGUAACGAGAAGACGGUCGGAAUUCUACACGUGACCGAGAGAGUCAUGGGAACUAGAGGUAACAAAAUGGCUUCCAAACGUGGAUGCAUGUGCACUGAAUAUUUUUUAAAGAAUAUCUCAGAUUUACUCGUUGCAGGAUAGAAAAUGAUGACCAUGGCUCUUUGAUUAUGCAGAAGCAUUGAGUAGUGGGCAUAGGAGCCCAUUUUUGACGCGAGUAGCGCAUCGUAAGCACGCUUUGUUGCACUCAGUUUUGUUAAAUCAUGUCGCAGGCGACGAAGAGAAAGCACGUUGCGAAAGAAGUGCUGGACGAUUACGUUGUUCCAGACCCAAAUCAACAGAUUGUUAAGAUAUUAGGUGGACGUGGAAACAACCUUCAUGAAGUGGAAACUUCUGAUGGCACAAAAUUUCUUGUCAGUAUGCCAUCAAAAUUCAGAAAGAGUGUAUGGAUUAAAAGAGGAGAUUUUGUUAUUGUGGACCCAAUAGAAGAGGGGAACAAAGUGUGUGCUGAGAUUGUUCAUAUUCUGUACAGCAAACAAAUCAAAUAUCUGAAAAAUGAAGGACUGUGGCCUUCAACAUUUGCAGACAAAGCUUCAACUGAUAAAAAAUCAGAUGACAAACAAGUAAACAGCAAUGUCUGUGAACAGAAUAUUAAUGGCAUUAGUGAGGAUGAUGAGGAUGAUGAUGAAGAAGAUGAUGAUGAUGAUGAUGAUGAUGAUGAUGAUCUAUUUGUUAAUCCCAACCAUCAGAGAACAACAUAUUAUGUUGAAUCAGACUCAAGUGAAACAAGUGACAACGGACCGUGAUAUCUGUGAUCUGUCUUGGAAAUGCUAUUUUCCAUUUCCUGAGAAAGACUGGUCUGGUGUGAACAAUUUGUGAAACAAAAUUGUUAGAAAUAAAUUAUGGUAGUUAAAGGUACAUACACACAGAGAUCUAAACAAAUCUAUGAAUUCAACAAUUUUAUUGUGAAAGAAUCAAGGGGUGCAUUAAUGAGACAUUGUGGGUUUUAUUUUAAUUUAA